CACAGCAGAUUGCUGUGGGUGUCGAUUUCCGAUUGGAGAAAUAGAUUCUGCAAAGCAAGAUGGCUGAAAUUGGGGAGCUCCAGAAACUAAAGCUUGCUGAGCUGAAGCAUGAGUGUGAAGCCAGGGGUCUGGACGUGAAGGGCAACAAAUUGGAACUGAUCACACGACUACAGGCUCAUCUGGAGGAGCAUGAGGAUGACAUGGGCCUAAAUGAAGAUGAUGUUCUGGGAGAAGAGCCAGAGUACCUCUCGAAAGAUGCGGAUACCGUCACUGGGGAUAACGACGAGAAACCAGUAGCGGUGUCUGAGGCGUCUGAAAAGAAAGUGGUAAAAAUCACACCUCCAGUGUCUGUAGAUGAGAGGUUACAGAAAAGAGCAGACCGCUUCAAUGUCCCUGCCUUAGCUGACAGCAAGAAGGCCAUACGUGCUGCCCGGUUUGGUUUGCCCGUUGCUGCACCUCCAACUUCCACCACAGGUGUAACUGUGAAUAAAUCCACUCCAGUCAGCGUUGAACAGCUAAAAAAGCGAGCUGAGCGAUUUGGCGGGAACGUUUCUUCAGUCUCCAAGAAGGUUGAGGAAGAUGAGAAGCUGAAGAAGCGGAAAGAAAGAUUUGGGAUCCUCACUGGUGCUGUCGCAACUGACAUUGAGGCAAAGAAACAGAAGCGUUCUGAACGAUUUGGAAAUGUGACAGUGUAAUUUGGUAUAUUUAAGUGAUGUUUUAUUCUCUUUUUUUGUGUGUGUGUAUGUUGCAAACAUAACUGAAAUGUACUGUAUAUAGCUUGUCAAGUUGUAUUACAUUUGGUCAUUAAAGUCAUUUUCAAUUAUU